AUGGGUUUGUUUGGUGUUAUACAGGGAGUGUGUAGUUCCCUGACGUUGCAACAUCUACGCGAUGUCACUGCUAAAAGCAUCGUACAAGAAGCAGGGUCCAUACUCUCUAGCUUGCCCCGCUCUGUGGUACAGAACGCCAAGGUCGAUCUGGAACUGAAGUCUGGAUUUGCGAAAGCGGUCGUCACUGGAGGGACUGCUCUGUUGUGUGUUGCGGGUAUGACGUAUAUUGUGAACAAGUAUGGAGGGUCUGCCCUACGACGAAAAUAUUUUAAUAAAAAAACAGAAGUGAAAGACACGUGCUCAGUCAAACAACAUCACCCUGAGGCUGAGGGACUUGAAUCGGACUCCUGUUCCAGCCAACUAUAUGAUCCAAAGUGGUGUGUGUCCCCUGGCAGCCUGUGGUGGGAAGUGGCAGGGGAUGCCUGGUCCCGAGGGGAGGGGGUUCCCAAUGACCCACUGUACGGGAUACCCCCAUGGAUGGAGGCAGGCGGGCGGGACGAAAGUGAAGAUGAAAGCCUCAGCUGGGACGAAGAAUUUAAUAUUCCAGCAGGUGCCCUGUGGGCUGACAUUUGUCCUGUGGUGGACUUGGUUUCAGAGGCACCCUACUAG